GUGCGGCGGCGGGCGGGUGGGAUCGGCGCAGCUCGGCGCUGCGGCAGCCGCCAGGAACCGGAGCGGCGGCAGGUAGCCGACGCGGGAGGCAAGCGUGAGCGGUGGGUGACGAGCGCCUCGACCCGGCGACGAUGGAACAACUUGGGUAAAUUUCUUCAACUUCAUCCUUUCUGCAGUAGACAAAUCGGGUUGUUUGAUUAGGUCUUUAGGAUGAACAUUUUUUUCUCGAAUACGUAGGAGAGCUACAUAUCAUUGUAUCGACAGAAGAAGAAAAGAGUCAUACAUAGACCCGAAACACCCCACACACACACCCUGAAAAACAAUAGGAACUAAUCACCCUUUAUAUUGGAAGGAGCAACCACUCUUAGAAGCUAGCCAACUAACCUAUGCCCUGAGUAGAGAGCAGGGUAAGGCCCCUAGCACCUGCUAAGCACCACAGCUGUGCUUCAUCCAUGGCCAAAGCAAGAGCUGUGCUUUAUCUUUAGGAUGAACUAGCUUAUAGAACAUGCUCUGGUUUGUAGGACAAAUGACAACCACAUAAAACUUGUUGUUAUGGUUCGGGCACAUUGGAGCUUGCCGGAUGGGAGUCCAAAGACAUAGAAAGAGGGAAACCUUGACUAUAACUGUUGACAGCCAUGACUAUAGCUUGCUAAAGUUGGUAGAUUUCAUUGGUGAAAGCUUUGUAUGGGGUUCAAAGCAAUACAUUUCUUUGUGGCGGACAAUGGGGGAUGAUUCUAUUGGGAUUACAUCUGAUGAACAGCUGUCCGAGUGGUUUGAGCUCAACAAACAAAGACAAGGGGGAAGUUCAUAUUGUUGGUCAAAUCAAUGACUUUGAAGGACCAUUGCAGUUCUCACCGACCAAGCAUAGGCUUCACUCUUCUAUUCGGAACUUUCCGAGUACUGCACCUAUUGAUUUGGAUCCUUUCAUAGAUCCAACACAGCCUACUCAGUGUACAAAUGAGCUUGCCACGGUGCACAAGAAGGUGCAUAGGAAAGUCACAGAUGAUGUACUGAGUGAUAGCAGCUAUGACUCUGAAUUGGCUGCAUCUUCUAACUCUGAAUUAGAUGCAUUUUUUGACUCUGACUCUGACCUGAGUAUGAGCCUGAUCUUGAGUUAGUUCAUGAAGAUGACAAUGAUGAUAUUCCUGAUUGUUCUUAUGAUGUUGAUGCUCCAUGUAUUGAUAUUGGUUGUGUGUUUCAUGACGUGAAUCAAUGCAAAUCGGCAUUAACCCAACAUGCAAUCUUGAAUGAUUAUGAUUUCCGUAUUGUGAAGAAAGAUAACAAGCGAUAUCGAACCAAUUUUAUGAGAGCUGAUCAAGUCUGCGAGUGGACCUUUCUUUUGUUGGGAUAGUUUUUUCCAUAAAUUGUGAUAUUUUGUUACACUAUCAUCUUAAUUAGAUGCUUAUUUCCCUUGCAGGUUAAGAUGGACGGUCCCAAGCACACAUGCAGUUCAGUGAAUCAGUAUGGUGACACAAUGGCAUCAAAUAAUUGGGUCGCUGAAAGGGUGGUUGAAUUCUUGAAAGAGGACUCAAUCGUGGGACCUACGGAGUUACAACGUAAGCUGAAGGACAAGUACGCACUAGAAGUUCCUUACAACAAGGUUUUGAGGGGUAAGGAAAAGGCUCCAGAAAUGAUAUUUGGUAAAUGGGAUGACAGUUAUGACUUGCUGCCCACAUAUAGAGCUGAGCUACUCAAAUCAGCUCCAGGAAGCAUUGUUGAGCUGGAUACUGAAAAUCAUCAAGGGGAUGUCUGUUUUAGGAGAUUCAUUGUGGCCCUCAAACCAUGCAUUGAUGGUUUUCUGCAAGGAUGCAGGCCCUACAUUGCUAUAGAUGCUACGCGAAGGUCAAGGGGUCAGUUGGCAACAGCUGGUUCUGUAGAUAGAAAUAAUUGCCUUUUUCCUGUUGCCUAUGGUGUAAUUGAAACUGAGUCCACAAAGAGCUAGACAUGGUUCAUCUAGAACUUGAAGGCUGCUAUUUUUUUCUCCAACACGCAGAAAAGUUGUGUAUCAUUGUAUUGAUAGAAGAUACAUAGACCCCCCCAACACACACACACACCCUUGCUCCUUUGCCACUAAUCACCUGUUAAAGACAGACUUGAAGGCUGCUAUUGGUGCACCAACAGGUUUGGCUAUCAGCACAGAUGCAUGCAAAGGACUAGGUGAGACUGUGAAGGAUGUGUAUCCUGGUGUCAAACAUAGAGAAUGUAUGAGGUAUUUAUGGAAAAAUUUCAAGAAGCAUUACUCUGGUGAUUUGUUCAAUUAUAACAUGUGGCCGGCUGCCAAGGCUUGCACUAUUGAGAAGUUCAAUUGGCACAUGGGGCAAAUACAGGAAAGGUUCCUUGAAGCAAUUGCUUACUUGGAUGAGAAUCAUCCAUACUUGUGGAGUAGAAGCAAAUUCUCUGAGCAAUGCAAGGUAGACUAUAUCAAUAAUAACCUCUCUGAGUUUUUCAACAACUGGAUACGAAAAUGUAAAGACUUGCAGAUUGUAGAGAUGCAUGAUAUUAUAAGGCAGAUGAUCAUAACCAAAUUUGAUGAUAGGAGGAAAAUUGCUAUAUCAAUGGAGGGCAGCAUAAUCCCUAAUAUAACAAAGGCUCUAACUUCUCAAAGCAAAGAUAUCAAGGACCAUGUGGUUUUAAGAUGUGGCAAUAAAACAGCUGAAGUUACUGCACCUACAUCAUCAGGAUCAUCUUACAAGUAUGUAGUUAAUUGAAGCUCAAGACAUGCAGUUGUAGGUUGUGGCAAGUGAGUGGAAAGCCAUGUAAACAUUCUUUAGCAUUCAUAGCAAAGCUUAGUAGAGAGGUGCAAAUGGAUGACUUCGUCCAUGAUUCUUUCUCUGUUGAGAAGCUGAGAAAGACAUAUUCAGGUGUGUUUAAUCCGAUGACAUCAAAGUAUUUCUGGCCACGUGUUGAUCUUGGAUACAAAAUAAAGAAGCAUAAGUUGAGAAGAAAGCCUGGCGGGCCAAGGAAAACUAGGAUUAAGGCAUCAGAUGAAUCUGGUGCUAGGAAAAGAAAGAGGUGCUCAGAAUGCCAUCAACUUGGCCAUACAACAAAGAAGUGCCAAGGGGGCCUGACUGCUAAGAAGAAAAAGAUGUUUGCAUCUCAUGAGAAUGCAUCUGAGGUGGAGAGCAAUGACUCUCCUACAUCUUCCACAAGGGGAAGGGGUACAAGUAGCCGAUCAUUAACUACUGGGUCAUCCAAUGAUGAUGCAAGUAAUAUUGGAGGAGGAUCACAAACUGGGAGAGGUGGAGGUACAAGUUCAUCACGUACUGAAACAGCCAAUGAUGGUGCCACUCAUGAUAGAGGAUGAAGACCACCAACUGGGAGGGGGAGGAGUACAGGCAGAGGAAGAGGUGCUUCAAGGCUUGCUGCUUUGCUCAAUGUAUAGAAAUGACCACUGUUUGGAAUAUGUAAUAACUAGUGAGUGAUUUGUUGUGAAUGUAUGACCUAGACAUAAUCUUAGCAUGUGGUACCUUUAUUUUGGUGUGCUUAAUUGUGAUCGAGAUAUGAGAAACUUAAUGCGGUUACUGUCAA